AUGCCUUCCCUCAAACUGAUCGCCGUUCCUCUCCUAGCAUUGGCUUCUUCGUUAGCUAAUGCUAACCCCUGCAUACCAUCGAGCAUACCCUCAACCACGUCGUCGUCUCCGGAACCUACUUCGACUCUCCCAUGCCCAGCCUACACUCCCGCUGCUACGGCUCCAGACGGCAGUGUCUGCGAGAAGGUUGUCCGGCGCUCAGGACACCUAUACAACUCCCCCAUCCGGAGUCUUGCGGCAAACUUGGAGACAUGCGUCAAGUUGUGCGCAGAAACAGAAAGCUGCGUGUCACUUUACGUGGAGCUUUAUGAUCCCCGCGAGAGCCCCCCGUACCCGAUCUGCUUCAUCUUUUCUCAGAAAAUGGGUGACAGCGCGUACUUUAUGCCAGCCACGGCGGGCUUGGGUGUUUUCACGAAUGCAUUUCUUGAAGAAAAGCCAUGGGCCUUUCAACACAUCACCAGAUUGAGAGGUGUAAGACAGGCCAAGGCCAGCACCAUUUAUGCAACCCCCGAGCACAUAUCGAGUCGAAAAUCGCACUGCAGCAACAUGUUUCAUGUACCACUUGAGCCAGCGCCCACUACCAGGGAGAAGGAGAUUCAUUCCAAAAUGCUCGACGCCGCAAGAGACAGAGACAUGCCACGCCUGCGGCAAGAGCUUGAGCGAUGGCAUAUGUUGAAGGAUGAGGAACUGAGACCACCUGGAAGGACGGUCCUUCGAUGGCAGUACAUUAUUCACCGCGAGUUCGUCUCUGUCGCUAGAGAGAUGGCCAACGAAGGCAACUCUGAGGUGAUUGGAUACCUGCUAGAAAUGGGCAUGCGGUACGAAACUGAUGUCCUCGUGAGGGCUGCUCGCCGCUGCCAUUGGGGUGUUGUCAAGGCCAAUAUGGACAGCGGAUGGAGAAUUGACGGCUACCUCAGCAGUGAUACUGAACCUCCGCUCCUAGGGUACGCUUCCUCGGAUAAAAGGUCUACCGUUGUGCUGACAGUUGCAUAUAGGCGACUUAUACACAAGGAAGAAUGUGUCCGUGGGCUACUAGAACUUGGUGCUAAUCCCAACGCCAUGUAUGGAGAUGAUAGCUUUGACAUUCCACACUUGGCUGGCAAAACGGCAUCACCUGCUGUUAUACAGCUACUUCGAGAAUACGGAGUCGACUUUAAACAGACGAAUGCGCUUCAUGAGGCAGCUCACCGGGAAGGAGAUCUUCAAAUCGACACAAUGGCUUAUCUCCUCGACGAGGUCGGUGUUCCCAUCAACAAGCUCACGUUCCCAUACAUGUGGGAAGUGUCAGUUACGUGGCUUGGUUGCUGUUGCGGCACGGCACUCCACUGCGCAGUUGAGACUGGAAACAUGGACAAGGUUGAGUUCUUGGUUGGAAGGGGAGCGGAUCCCAACGUGAAGAGCGCGGACCCCAGCCUGAAGAACGAGGAUCAUAAAACCCCCCUUGAAUUGGCCAGGGAGAAAGGAUUUGAGGAUGCCAUUCGAGUGUUUGAAGAGAUUAACAGCAGCUUGGCUUAACUCGACCUAAUGAAGUCUAUGACACAAGGUGUCGAUGGGUGUCGCCGUUCCACAGCACAGCGCGCUCGACAUGACUGUUUUCUUCGUCGUCGCUUCGAUCAAAGCUCAGGUCGGCGGGAACAUAUAUACAAACUCGCUGCUAAGCUUUUGUGUCGCCGAACUUGUAUACCGGGAUGUUGGCCGGGGUGUUAUGGUGGGGACGACUGUUAUUUUUAUAGUCGAUAUUUAAGAGUCAAUAUUUAAGAAUCUGUGGUUG